AUGGCCACCGCCUCACCCCCCGCCGGGUCCACCCCGCCGGCGACCCAGUGGCAGCCGUACUCCUACCAUAUCGACCACCGUCCAUUUGGACUUCGACACAUCUUCGAAGCGAUCGUCGAGCUUGUUCCUGAGGCAUUUCGCGGCACGAACCACGAGGUCCAUGAGUACGCCACCUCUCUCCUCUUCAAGCACGUCACGAUCGCUAUUGUGAAGGAGGACAAGGUCGAUCGCGAUGACGUGUUCGGUACCGUCACUUACAAGAUGGUGAUUCCCGAGGCCCAAACGUUCGCCCUCUACAACACGGCAACGGCCGCCAAGCUUCCGUUCCCGUCGUUCAAGGUCACGCACCUCGAUGCCAAUUUCGAAGCUCUUCGGCAGCCCCAGGUUCGCUGGCUUGCCUCUUCCUCUGGACACUGGAUGGCGGGGAAGCGCCGCCAGGAGUUGUUCGACAAGGUCCACAUCGUCGACUCACGGUUCUGUGUUCCCAGGAGUGUGCUUCACAGCCUCCCGAACCUACAAACAUGGCGCAGUUACCUGUUCGAGCAUCGAAGGGGCUUGUACCAGGUGGCGGAUCUGCCCUACGUACCUCGGAGUCCCACAGUCGUGUUCUUAGGACGCACGCGAUUCGAACAGAUCCAAACGGUACUCCUAAGCCAUUGCCCCGAGAAGAUCGUCGUACAACUUCACCCCUUCCAAGUUCUCGGGAACUACCGAUACCGAGACCGCUGCCGUACUGGCAUUAAAUCCGGGAAGCCUUCCUGUUUGGUUCUCAUCGUGAACUGGCGUUUCCCCUCUGAAGACACCGACGGCACCCUCGACACCGAUCACUCCGCCGACUCGACCAACGUCGACGCAGCCAUCUACACAGAUGACACCGUUGACACCGACGCUACCGGUCCCUACAGCGACGACAGGGACGACACCGAUGACGCAGGUUGCACGGUCAACAUCGACAACGCCAUCGACAGUGGCACGUCCAACUUCGGGGACGCCGUCGACGUCCGCGACACCGACGGCACGGACGGCACGGACGGCACGGAAGACACCGGCAGCACCGAUGACGCCGAUGACACCGAUGGCAGUUCCGUCGCCGAUGAGAGUUGCUACACCGACGACAUAGACUACCCCAAGUGGCUGGCAAUUGCCUCCAUGCUCUAUGACAUUGCUCGCUAUCUGCCAGAGUACGCAAAGGAAUACGGGCCGGAGAAUCACCCACAGAGCAAGGUUCGGUUCGUCGUCGUGGAUUUGGAAUCCGGCCUCAACCAAAUGCAUGCCCUGAAACGACCAACCGAGGAAACACUCAGCCUUGACGAACUCCUUCAGAUAGACAAUUGGAAGCAUUCGCCGCUUCUGCCAUUCUGGAAGCUUGACGAGGGCCUCAAGGACUUGAGCAGCCUUUGCGAGGCCUCCCCCUCGUUCCUCAGUCUGCAAGAGUACAAGGCAGGCCUCAGCCAUAAGCAGGCUCUCAUCGAAUUUGACAGUCGUGACGACCUUGUCAUUCGCUGUCCCGACCACGAGUAA